ACGCUACCGAAAUCACCAACGGUCGAGUCAUCGCGAACGACCCCUUCUGCUCUGGGAACGUGGCCAUGUUCUCCUGCGACCCUGGGUACGAGCUCGUGGGCACGUUGUGGGCCACCUGCCGAGAGAACGGGAGUUAUGAUCAAGACAUUCCGACUUGUCAACUGAUCUGUUCUACAUGGUGGAGAGGACAAAACUGCCAACACCUGAGUGCCUCAGCUCUCGGCGGCAUCAGUGCGGCAGCAGCUCUGGUCGUGAUUGUCGUGAUAUUCAUAGCGAUUAUAGUUCUACUGAAAAUGAGGGGAACAGGGCCCAAAUACUCCCCAGUGCAUGGCCAACUUACAUUCUCGGCUAUGGGCGAGUUGCGGGCAGACGCUCCUCCCAAGCCACAGCUGACCUUGUUUGAGGUGGACCCUGCGAGGCUGGAGAUAUGUGAGAAGAUAGGAAGAGGUGCCUUCGGUGUCGUCUCCCGCGCACUGCUUCACCUCGACAACGAGACGACCAGGGAGGUCGCCGUCAAGACGUUUUCAGCGAGCUCUGAAGAAGAGGACAAGCUGAGUUUCCUCCAGGAGAUCCGGGCAGUGGUGGACCUGGGGACGCACGACAACCUGCUGGGGCUAAUCGGCUGCUGCACGCUGGUGGGAGACCUUAUGUAUCUCAUCACGGAGUUCAUGCCGCACGGAGACCUGAAGAGUUUCCUUGGAAAGUGCAGGGAUUUUAAGCAGAAGAAUCCGUACGUCCAGGUCGCGGUUGAGGGGUAUUACAAAUCAUCCAACCGUAUUUACAAAUUUCAAGAGAAAGAGAUGUACAAGGUCUCUUUGCAGAUCGCGAAAGGAAUGGACCACAUCGCUAAAGCUGACUACAUCCACGGUGACCUGGCGGCACGGAACGUGCUGGUCGGAGACAACUUGCAGGUAAAGAUUUCCGACUUCGGGCUGGCAGACCACAUCUACAGCCGGGGGUACCGGCGGCAGGACCGGCUCCGGAAAAUUCCGUGGAAGUGGAUGGCUCCGGAGCGACUGACGGACGGGGAACGGUACACCUCACAGAGCGACGUGUGGUCUUUCGGGGUCAUGCUGUACGAGAUAGCCACGCUAGGGGGCAGCCCGUAUCCUGACGUGCCCACAGCUGACCUGCCGGUUCAACUGAAGAACGGAUACAGAAUGCCACAACCUGCCGACUGCCCCCAACCCCUGUACGACCUAAUGCUGCAAUGUUGGCGCCUCGACCCCGAGGAUCGGCCCUUCUUCCACAGACUCGCCACGGAACUGGAGAAACUCUUCAACGACGAAGUUGACCUCGUGGAGAAGGAGACCAGUGUUUAGGUGUCCGUGUGGGGCAGUCAGAAACAAAUUAUUCACCUGUUCUAAGCACUUAUAAAUGGUGCAUGCUAUUAGAUGGUUUCGUGAGUCCAGACUAUCAGGUCAUGUCCAAGCAGUUUAGCUCACUGAAGAGAAGAGACAGACGAUAUGUACAGUGUGUACAGGUUCAUUUUACCGAGGAUAUUCUCAACCUUCCAACAAGCCAAGGAUAGGGACUACAGAUGAAACUGGACUACGCACUGAACUCGACAAGUACUGAACUAUCAAUACAUCAUAACUGUAUAUUUGUAAACAUUAUCGGUGUAGCAUUGAAAAUUCACAUCACUAUAUGGCCGACACAUUAUUACAUACAUGUACAUUUGUAUCUGUAAAUAUCAAGGAGGUACUUUUCACGCAAUCAUGUGAUAGCAUGAUAGAUAUUAACCUGCCAACGUUUCGAUAAUCAUUCUGGAAAACCAUUCCACUACUCUUCU